UGACGAAAAUGAUGAUACAACUCAGUCAGAGUCAGUACAGCACAGAGCAGCCAGAGAAAAAAUCAAACAGCGAAGUGAUUCCAACUACUUGAAAGUUCUUGAUCUUCGUUUCCACUUUCAUGUGGAUCGCUGAUUUUGUGCGAAGAAUGAAAGUUGAAUAAAGAAGUCAGUCUUGGAAACUGGGGAUCAAGAGUGAGGCCAAUGUUAUUUGGUGGAGAUUAUGCUUUCCCGAAGUUUUCGUGCUGUGGGAUGCUCCAUGGUCCCGUUGCGAAGAUGCCUGUACAGCUAUAGGAACGAGGCGUUUCGUGUCCAGGCUGCACCGCUGUGGAGAACACAGUACAGGGCUUGUCACGAAAAAUCCCAGGAGCAAAUAGACAAGGAGCAGAUUGACAAGUCGAAAAAGGUCAUUGGCAAGUCCAAGGAGGAGAUUAUCAGCAAGGCUUCAGAGAUCAGGAAGGAGGCAGAUAGUCUUAUCAUUAAGAAACCCUCGCUCACUACACGCUUCGUCAAGGAGGUCAAGCACUACUAUCAUGGCUUCAGGCUGCUGUUUAUCGAUGCACGCCUGGCCUAUGGUCUCCUGCGGAAAAGUUCAAGAGGCGAAGGGUUGACACGAAGAGAGAGAAAGCAGCUCAAUCGCACAACAGCUGAUGUCUUCCGUGUGAUACCUUUCUCCGUGUUCAUUAUUGUCCCUUUCAUGGAGUUUUUGUUACCGUUCGUUGUCUACUUCUUCCCAAAUUUACUUCCUUCAACGUUUGAAGACAAGGAUACAAAGAGGAAGAAGCUCAAAACGCAGUUGAAUGUAAAGUUGUCGAUGGCUGGUUUCUUGCAAGAUACUUUGGAGGAGAUGGCUGAUGGUGCGGAAGGCGACAAGAGAAACCAAAUCAAGGAGUUUUCUGACUUUAUCCGCAAGGUCAGGACAACGGGCAUGCCAGUUUCGAACGCCGACAUUAUUCGCUAUUCCAAACUCUUUGAGGAUGAUUUGACGCUGGACAGCUUGACGCACAAGGAGCUGCAGCCACUGUGCAGAAUGCUGAUGCUGCCAGCUUUUGGCCCUGACCGCAUUCUCAGAAUGAACUUGAGGAUGAAGCUCCAAUCAUUAGAGUAUGAUGAUAAGCUAAUUAGAAAGGAAGGAAUUGACUCCCUGUCCAUCAAGGAGCUGCAGCAGGCCUGCCAAGCUCGUGGUAUGAGGGCAAUUGGACUCCCAGAAGAUAGAAUUAAAGAGCAGCUUGAGCAGUGGCUGGAAAUGCAUCUUGACCAACAAUUGCCCACAUCACUCCUGCUUCUCUCAAGAUUAUUUUACCUGCCCGAGAAUCUUCCUCCGGAGGAAGUCUUGAAGCGCACCAUCUCCAAGUUGCCUGAAGCAACGGUGGAAGGUGUCCAAAUUCAGAACCAGGAGAACUGAUCUUUGCCGUUGUGCUGGUGCUAUUCUUUCGACUGAUCAGACCACAUUCCAGGUUGAUGUGUAUCGCUAUGGCCUGCGUCAGUACCGCGUCUGCUGUUUUACUACUGCUGCUGCUGCUUCUUCUUCUUGCUCAGUGUGCUACUGUAAUGCGGUCACCGGUCAGUCAUUUGUAUCUUUCAUCGUUGUAUAUUUUUGAAGAAAAAUCGGAAGUAGAGCCAUUGCUGUACAUAGAUAUAAUUUGCUUUGUUCUGCUGCACUGCGUUCUCGUCUUUGUCUCAUGUUCAUUCUUCAUGUUUAGGAGCUGAUUUGUACAGUAUUAUGCUUUCCCCCCCCCCCCCCCCCCGUACUUUUGCCGCUUCAGCACACCAUGUCUGUUCGUAGCUAACCGCCAUUUUGUUUGUCUUGUAAACGUCUGAUCUCAUUACUGUCCAUUGUGUAUUUGUAGCUGCCGCUACACAUCGCACCUGCAUCUUUAGCACAUGAACUGCUAGCCGGUCACCGAUUUCCACCACUACCGGGCUGCUGCAGUGCGUAUUGUAUGCUUGUCCUAGAUUCAGGUAAAACUAAUUACUUAGCAUUACCGCUAUCAGCUCUUGUUGAUGCUGUAAGCUGUCGGGUCCGUGCUCUUUCUGCAUAUGCUUGAUUCAUUGAUAUUUUUACAGGAUCUACUGACCUCAUUGUGUAGCCAGCAAUGCAUUGGCAAUGUGGAUCGGCAGCCUCUUUUCCUGCAUUUCUCAUUGGCUAAAGGCGCAGGUCCGCUGCCCUCUGCUCCUCACUGAAUCCUCGCCCUCCUCCUCCGCAUCAACAAUAAUACUCUGAACUCUCGCCAGUCCGGCAUGCAAUUUC